AUGAUUCUAUAUUUUGCAUUUGCUUCUUGUUUUCUAUGUCUUGCAACAGCCAACUGUGUUGGAGGAUCAACAGAAAAUGAACGAAAGCCAUAUAUUGUAUACAUGGGAGAAGUGCCAGAAAAUGGAGCCAGGAUAUCGGCCAUGGAUGAACAUCAUAACCUGCUGCUUAAAGCAGUUGGAGAUGAGGAUUUAGCAAGAGAAUCCAAAAUAUAUAGCUAUCGAAAAAGCAUCAAUGGUUUUGCGGCAUGGCUUUUACCGGAUGAAGCAAAGAGACUAUCAGAGGAAGACGGAGUGGCAUCAGUAUUUGAAAACACAAAGCGCAAACUUCUUACAACGAGAUCAUGGGAUUUUCUGGGAGUGACUGAAAGUUCAAACAACAUCCACGGCAGUGUUGAAAGCAAUAUCAUAGUUGGUUUAAUGGACACUGGUAUUUGGCCGGAAUCUCCCAGUUUUAACGAUGCAGGUUAUGGACCUCCACCAGCUACAUGGAAGGGUAAAUGUGAUAAAGGAGCCAACUUCACUGGUUGCAACAACAAAGUCAUUGGUGCAAGAUAUUAUCAUCUAGAAGACUUUAGUGGUGGUCCUGAUGAACCGACUCCGGUUGACACUGACGGCCAUGGCACUCAUACCGCCUCCACUGCUGCCGGCAUACCUGUGAAGGGCUCCAGCUUAAAUGGCAUAGCCAAAGGAACGGCUCGAGGUGGAGUGCCAUCUGCACGUAUAGCCAUGUACAAAGUUUGCUGGAGCGAGGGAUGUAGCGACAUGGAUGUACUGGCUGCGUUUGACGAUGCCAUUGCCGAUGGAGUGGACUUGAUAUCCCUUUCAUUAGGAGGUGACUCCACGGGCUAUUUCAAUGACUCUGUAGCUAUAGGAGCUUUUCAUGCUAUGAGAAAAGGGAUCUUGACAUCUUGUGCCGGAGGAAACGGUGGUCCGACGCUUGAAACGGUUAUAAACGUCGCACCAUGGAUUUUGACUGUUGCAGCAAGCAGCAUCGAUAGGCAAUUCAUCUCAACUAUUAAGCUCGGCGAUGGCACAAUAACUUCUGGCUUUGGAAUCAACACAUUUUCAAUGAAAAACAAGAUGUACCCUUUCACAGAUGGAGCACAUGCAACCAAUGUUACUGGAGAUUUUUACUAUGGAAAUAUCAGUGCUUGCGAUUCCGGAACACUGGACAAGGACAAGGUGAAGGGGAAGAUCGUUUAUUGCCUAGGGGUUUCCGGUCAGGAUGAUAGUAUCAGGAUGCUGGAUGGGGCAGGAACCAUAAUGGCCAUUGAUGAACUAACAGACCAUUAUUCCCUCGCUCUUAUACCUGCAACUGUUGUGGUCCGUAGCAAGAACGGCGAUAAGCUCGAUCGAUAUAUUAACUCCACAAAGAACCCUGAAGCUGUCAUAUAUAAGACUAGAACAGUUCAUAUGGAUGCUCCCUUUGUGGCUUCUUUCUCUUCUAGAGGGCCCCAGUUAACAAACAGAAACAUUCUCAAGCCCGAUGUUACUGCUCCAGGACUAAACAUACUGGGUGCCUACACGCAACUGACCUCGAUAACCGGCGAUCCAACUGACCGACGCUAUUCGGCAUUCAACAUUAUGUCCGGCACAUCUAUGUCUUGCCCCCAUGCUUCAGCUGCUGCAGCGUAUGUGAAGUCUUUCCACCCGGACUGGUCGCCGGCUGCAAUCAAGUCGGCUCUCAUGACUACCGCAACACCGAUGAAAAUCAAAGACGAGUUCGAAGAACUAAGCUCGGGAUCGGGUCAGAUAAAUCCAACCAGAGCUGUAAACCCUGGACUGAUCUAUGACAUUAACGAGAGUUCCUACAUAAGUUUCCUUUGCAAAGAAGGGUACAAUAGAACGACCAUUGGCCUACUCAUCCGAGGCAAGCACAAAUACAACUGUUCCAGUUUUAAACCUGCAUUAGGCUUCGACGGGCUUAACUACCCUUCCAUGCACAUCCAUCUCAGCGGUACAGAAUCGAGAAUUUCAGCUGUGUUUUACAGGACUGUAACCAAUGUUGGAGGUGAGAAUCUUGAGAUCAAGGCAAAAGUGACAGCUCCCAAGGAACUUUCCAUUGCAGUUAUUCCAAAAACAAUGAAAUUUAAAAGGAAACACCAAAAGAAAUCUUUCAAAGUUUCGGUGAAGGGCGGUUCGAUGAAGAAUGGGACAGAUAUCCUAUCAGCUACACUUGAGUGGAGGAGCAACAAAGGGCACAGUGUUAAGAGCCCUAUAGUUGUCUUCAAACAGCACCAUCGUUUUGAUUUUGAUCACGAUGGUGAAGUAGUUGGGGAUAACCUCAGCAACAGUGGCACUGGCGGUGGAGGCUUUGGCAGUGACGCGGCGCUAGUGAAACCAUUGCUUGCGGCAGCUGGAAACCCUAGGGUUUCAAAUGCUUGUGGUUUUGGGUUUUGUUGGGAUUGUGGUUAG